AUGGUCAUAGCGGUAAUCUGUUACUGGAAUAAUUUUACCCUUGUUCUAGAUGUAAAGUUGUUGAUAUUCGCCAACAAGCAAGACCUUCCGAACGCUAUGACAACAGCGGAAGCGAUAAAAGCGCUUGGACUGGAGGCAAUGAGGGACAGAGAGUGGCACGUCCAGCCGACAAAUGCCGUCACUGGUGAGGGUCUAAUAGAAGGUCUCGAAUGGCUCCACUCUGUUGUCAUCAAAUAA